GCAGCUCCCAUCGGAAGACGCGCGUUUCUGCUCUCACUGGAUACGACGCGAAUCACGGACAUUAUUCCAGAAAGAUUACUGCAGGAAUUUAAGGAAGCGAGACGGACAGAGAAAGAAUUCCAGAGGUCUACAGAAUGCUGCUAUCUGGAGGGCAGUAAAUACUCAUGUAGGAUAAAGCAGUUUGGACAAGCGUGAACACAUGAAUCGCAAAUAAACAGUCAAUCAUGACCCGCAACAGUGCUCGACAGGACGCCAGAUAGCUGCUCUUCCCUCCAUCCUCAAACAUCAAUCUACAGGAAUCCAUCAGAAGACUUUCAGUCAAAACUUCAGUUGGGGACCAAGGUGGGGAUAAAAAUAGAAACCACCCGUUGCCUGUUCCUGACACUCCGACUGAUGGAGAGACUACGAAUGGAGUCUGGAUAGAGAAGAGAGAGAAAAUAAUUCAUGCAGUGUUGCAGAAGCAGUUGUGCUGAGCUGGCAGGGUUGUGAAUUCUGCUUUGGAAGGUUUUAUUCUCUGCACGUAUUUCCUCCAGUAAAGGAUAAACGCUGUACCUCAGUCUUAAUUUGCCUAAUAAACACAGAGUAACAAUCUGACAUUUGCGCUGGAGUGGAUUUACUCUGAGAGCCUUUUGAGAUCGGAUUAGGAUGGGUAAAAUGAACACAAAGUGUUGGUCGUCUCUGUGGCCAGUAGUAUUAUCUGGACUCUUUCUGUCCGCAGGGGCCCUUGAAUUUGGCGGGACUCCUGGUCAGUGGGCGCGUUAUGCCCGUUGGGAGGCGGGCUCCAUCGGAGAGCUUAGCUUUAGCUUGAAAACCAAUGUGAGCAAAGCGCUGGUGCUGUACCUCGAUGACGGCGGGAACUGUGAUUUCCUGGAGCUGCUCAUCGGCAGCGGACACCUGCAUCUGCGAUUCGCCAUCCACUGCGCAGAACCGGCCACGCUGCAGAUGGAGACGCGUGUCAACGACGACCGCUGGCACAUGGUUCUGCUCACCCGAAACUACCGUGAGACCAUGCUUAUGGUGGAUGGGGAGACCAAAAUGGCCGAAGUGCGUUCCAAGCGUAAGGAGAUGGCCGUGGUCAGUGAUCUGUUUGUGGGCGGGAUUCCUCCGGACGUCCGUCUGUCUGCUCUCACGUCCAGCACGGUCAAAUAUGAGCCUCCAUUUCUGGGUUUAAUCUCUAAUCUGAAGGUGGGUGAGAUGCCUCCGACUCUGCUCAACAGCAACGGCAUUCAGAACGAUCUGGAGUAUCUGUGCAGUAAGCAGAACCCAUGUCUCAAUGGAGGAUACUGCAGCGUUCAGUUUGGAGAAGUGCAAUGUGACUGCUCACACACUCGCUUCAGAGGGAAAUACUGCAAAGAAGAAGAAUACGCAGUGGAAGGACACAGAGCAGGUGAUGAAUUACCCUUCCCAGCAUGCCUCAGGAGGGUCAUCACCAUGGUAACCAGCAGAGGGACAUUUCCUGUGAUUCCCAUGUUUUUCUGUGAGCUUUGA